AUGACUAGUUCCAAGCCUUCAGAGCCUUCCAAAGAGUAUGCAAAGAUAUAUUCGCGACGCGAAGAACUUAUAAAGCAAGAGUCGUCACUGAAAAGAGAAUACACCACCAUGCUGCGAAAAUUGGCGAGCGUUACCACGGUGCUUCAAGAGCUGGAAAACGAUCCUCGAGUUUCUGAGCGAGUGAUUUCGGAAGCAUCUAUUCUGAAAAUCCCAGAUCUAAAACAGUACUUGAGUUUGAUCGAAGAGCUUGAUAACAAGGCUCCCGAAGACAUCGAAAUUCCAGAAUUUCUUCAAGAGUCGUACACACUCUAUAAGAAUGCCCCCCUGCUGUACAAGGACCUGUGA